AUGGAUGAUGAACUUGAUGUAGAAUUAUUAUUAUCCAAAAAUGCCAGAGUAAUGUUGACAUCAAAUCUAUGGAUAGAAGAAGGACUUAUCAACGGAGCUUUAGGAAAUAUUAGAAAAAUUGUUUAUAAACCAGGAAGUGCAUCACCUCAACCACCAGCAUACGUGUUAGUUGAAUUUGACAAUUACUCCAGACUACCAUUCGAUGAUCGUCAUCCAUCCUCAAUUCCAGUUCCAGCAAUUGAAAGAGGUGGUUCUUCUCAAAUACCAUUGCACUUGGCAUGGGCACUAACGAUACACAAAUCUCAAGGGCUCACUCUUCAAAAGGCUACCAUCGAUAUAGGGCCAACUAAAAGAAUCGGUCUCAUGUUCAUGGCAAUCUCUCGCGUGAAAAGCUUACAGGGCCUACGGAUCAUGCCACCAUUCAGCUAUGAUAGGUAUGAGAAAUUAAACAAAGGCAAACAAGUUGUCAGCAGGAAAAGAGAAGAAGAAAGGCUUCAAUCCAUCCAGAACAAUUCACGUAAGUUUUUAUUUCAUGAAGUACAUCUAUUUUCCACUUACUUGAAUGCUACUAUAUUAUGA